AUGACGACGACGACAGAAGAGGCGGAUGAUGUGACAACGGCAAUAGAUAGUAAUGACUCGAGUAGGAAGGAGAAGGAGGAGCCAGUUAUGUUGAGAGCAGCACAAAUUAGGAUCAAACAGAAAUACAACUGCCCGGAAACCGAAAUCAUCCAAAUGCGUGCGCCCUUUCUUGGCUUCUCCGUCUUUGUCAGAUUCCAAUCAAGAGCUCGAAUUCAUACCAUCAAAAUUAUCAAAGACGAGCAAAUCGAUGAGAUGUUGAUGGCCAGUCCAGUUCCACCGUAUUCUUAA